GGUCCGGCGUGUCCUCGUGAGGGAGGCGUGUGCUGGAGGCGCGCUUUGAUAUGAACCUGGGAAAGACCCCCCCAGCCCAGUUCAGGGAACUUAUCAGAACACACCUUCCUUCUCUCACGGACGUCUUAUCGCCGGUAGUUUGGACUAUUUCAGGUGUGAUUCGUGCUUUUCCCUGUGAAAAUGCUCCCGUCCAACCUGAAUUCGUGGAACGACGCUUAAUCCUCUUUGUGCGCGCCGCAGGGAAGCCUGCUCCCGUCUGACGCACGCUGGGACUGCGCGUAAAGCCGCGUCGGGCCAGACUGCUCCUCCAAGCCGGACCGGCCCGGGAGCGGAACCGCGUCCGCACGCGCGCGUCCCGCUGAGGAUGACGGUCGGAUGAGCGCGGAGCUGCUCAGCUGGACUCAGUGCUCCGCUGGAUGAGGCGCCACCAUGUCCUUUACGCACCGGCUCGCUCUGCUCCUGCUCAGCCUCUGCGUCUUCCGCACGGCUCAUGGAAAGUUUCCUAACUGCCAGGUCCAGUGGGAGAUGCAGCGAGCGAAGAGCGAGUGUGAGCUGCAGCUGCAGGCGCCAGCGAGCUCAGGAUGCGGCGCAGAAUGGGACAACUUCUUGUGUUGGCCGAGCGCGGAGGCCGGGGAGGUGGCGACGCUGCCCUGCCCCGCCGUGCUGCAGCUCCUGUUUGGAGUCGGUGGUAACGUCAACAGGAACUGCACAGAGAGCGGCUGGUCCCACGUCUACCCGGUGGUCACCGCCGCCUGCUGGUCCAACGACACCGUCGAGCCCACUGAGCAGCUGGUCUUCUACCGGGUGGUGAAGGUCCUGUCUACUCUGGGCCACAGCCUGUCCCUCAUCUCGCUGCUCACCAGCACCUUCAUCAUCUGUUUCUUCAGGAGGCUCCACUGCACGAGGAACUACAUCCAUCUGAACCUGUUUACGUCCUUCAUGCUGAGAGCUGUGGCCGUGCUGACCAAAGACACGCUGCUGUUCUCAGACGACCAGAAUACGGACUGCAGCACGCAGCCGUCACUGAUGGGCUGUAAAACCAGUCUGGUUUUCUUCAACUACUUCAUCAUGGCCAACUUCUUCUGGCUGCUGGUGGAGGGUUUGUACCUGCACACGCUGCUGCGGGUCAUCCACGCCUACUCGCCCCGGCUCUCCCUCUACGUGCUCAUCGGCUGGGGAAUCCCCUUUGUGUUCAUGGUGGCCUGGACCAUAUGCAGGAUAAACCUUGAAGACAUAAAUUGCUGGGAGAUAAACGGAAACCCGAUCCCUAGGAGACUGAUCGACUGGCCCAUCAUAGCGUCUGUCAUAAUCAACUUCAUCCUGUUCAUCAGCAUCAUUCGCAUUCUGCUGCAGAAACUGCGCUGCACUGAUGUUGGCGGCAAUGAGCAGUCUCAGUACAGGCGCCUGGCCAAGUCCACCCUCCUGCUCAUUCCUCUCUUUGGGGUGCACUAUGUGGUGUUUGUCUACCUGAUGGAGCCGGCCGAUAAAUACAUGAACCGAAUUAAGAUCUUCUUUGAACUCGCCCUCGGAUCCUUCCAGGGUCUGAUUGUGGCCGUACUUUACUGCUUCCUCAACAGCGAGGUUCAGAGUGAGCUGAGGAGGACGUGGAGGAGCCUAUCACUGAAGCGCUAUGUCAGGCGUGACUGCAGGCUCAAUGCCACCUCGAUCAGCCGAAAUGGCCUCGAAAAUGCCUCUCAGUUGCCCCGGAACUGCCGAGCUCAGUCCAUCCUGCAAACUGAGACCACCGUGCUCUGACCUGGGACACGGAUCGCUUCAGUCAGGACUGUCAGAGCACAUGUGAAAAGUCUGGGGCUGCAGGACGUCCCACCGAAUGACGUGUUAUGGACAGAUAUGUGACUGAGCUGUGACUUUAUUACCAUUACAUUGAUCCUCGGCUUCAUCACAGACAUAUGAACUGUGCACACAAAACACGGUGACUCUGCAGUCAUACAGAACAGAUACAGUUUGGGGUUUUUACUAAAACUUUUUUAUUAUGAUGAACCCAGGCAAACAGACUCUCUGUUUUCCCUUAUAUAUUUAACUACUUUUAUUCAUUGCAGCAUAAAGUGGGGUUUUCUUUGUUUUCAUACUGUUCUUUAUAAUUAAUGCCAAAUUAAGGAUUCAUUAGAUAAAACCACUAAGAGCUAAAUGUGAAAUGGAUAUAAUAAAAUAGGCAUUUUCUACCAGGCUUCUUUUUCAGGCUGGAGCUGAAGCUGUGUUUACACAGUAGCAUUGUUGCCUGAAAUAAUAAGAGUUUGUACAAUGAUCAGAGAUGUCACAAAGUAACAUACGCGUAGGUUUGCCAACAACUCCUUGUACAGAGGGCUUCUGCUUUUUUACUAUAUGUACAUGAAUUCAAGGGAGAUGCACCAGUGUCAUUUGAAAGCUUCUUAAACUUUAUGGAUUAAAGUUUUUUAUGAUGGAAA